AUGAUAUUGCGCAUGCGUGCCCCUGGAGACAAAUUUCUCCGCCAUACACGAAGCGCUGGCAUUGUGCCAAAUUUUGUUACGACUUUCGCGAGUUUCCCAUCUUUACGCUUAUACAAUCUUUGGUACAGGAACGCUUCUUUGGGCAGUUUUUAUGUACUCCCAACGAGGAAUCUAGCUGUGCAGAGUUUAUGCGGUCGUUUUGGGACAACCUUUUACUCUUUCUCUGUUUUUCCACAUGCUGAAGAAUAUCCUCAAUAUUGGGGAGUUGUGUCAGCUCAGCUCUCCAUUCACAGUCCUCGACAGAUUGUUAACCCAUUUACUGAUGGAUUUAACAUGAAUCUCAACACAGAACAAACUUUUCGACUAAAGAAGGUUGUGAAAAAACUUCUUCCUGCUCCAUAUGAAACGAAUUGCAUAGAUUAUAUCGAAAUGUGGAAAAAAAGAGGUGGACAUGGUCCCACGAAUCAAAAGGAAUGCUUUGAGGAAUGCCAGAAGAACAUCAGUAUUCAGUUUCGGGGCUGUGUUUCUAGCUACUAUAAUUUUCCUAGAAAUGAAAGAACGUGUAGUAGUACAGAAUCUGCAGUGGAAGUGCCAAAGAGUGUAAUUGCAGAAUGCGAAAAACAAAAUUGCAAGCCAGCAUGUUAUGAAGAGAGUUAUGAAGUUACAAGAGAAGUGACUGAAAAGUACAUACGGCCUGAAUGCUCUCUGGAAAAAGCACCUGAUCAAAGCAUUGAUAUUGAGAUAAGAAUGAAUGGGAUGGAAACAACAACAUAUACAUAUAGCCCUAAAUUUGAGAGCGUAGAAAUUUUCAGCUAUAUUGGUGGCUAUAUUGGAAUUUGGCUUGGAGUAUCAUUGGUUGCUGCAUUUGAUUUCUUAGAAACAACCAUCCUUAUCAUGAGCUAUCCUGUCAAGAAUUACAAAGAAAAACGAAAGAGGAACAGAAAUAUAGAAACGAUAAAAAAGCCUUCGAUGAAUUUAUAAACGCAUUUAUCCUUCACAACAAAUUCUUCUCAUCAAACUUUGAAAUAUUUCAAACUUAAAGUCAAAAUAUAUUUACAUGCAAUUCAGUGAAGAUGCAUGCUAUAACUUUGCUUAUUUUGCGAGCUUUGUAAAAAUUAUUAAAGGGAAUAAGGGAGAUCAUUUUUUCUAAACAUGGG